UUUCGAUACGGCGCCAUAAAAUCUGUCAGUUGCGUUUUCUUGAACUCAUCAAACUCUGUUUGCCGGUGGACCACUUAGCCAGCAAUCUACAGGGAGGUAGGUCCUCCAAGACCUUAGCUACACCUGAGUAUAGAAGUGCCAUCAAAAUGGCAAGUGAAGAUUCUUCCAGUGAAGGGAAUGUGCAGGAGGCACAUGAAUCUGUCCUUAGAUAGUAUCUGAGAGGCCAAUAAAUCUCACACCUAAGCACAAGUAAUGCUAGAGAAAUUCGAAGCCAGUACAGAAGAACAACCAGGAAAGCCAAACCUCUCAUUAGAUUGAUUCAGCAUCAAACAGCACAGGCCUGACAUACAUGCCCACUCUGGGUCCUAAAUACUGUUUUUACCUCUACCAUUUUAUAGACAAAUCAGGCUUAUAACCCAGACUGAGACACAAGAAAAAGCAAGGAGACAGCCUUGCUGCCAAGUAACAAGAUACUCAAUAGGUGCAGAACCAGACAUGGCUCAGAUGUUGUUACAACUAUCAGAUGGGAGGUUUAAAACAAGCAUGGUUAACACGUUCAACAUGCCAGUGGAAAAGACACAUAACAUGCAUACACACAUGGGGGUUUCAGCAGAGGAGGAGAAAAAGAACAGUAGACAGGAAGAGAGGAAGAAUAACUUAAGGGGCCUACCAGUUAUGUGAAUAAAGCCAGUGAACUUGAAGGAAGUCUAUAGAAAUUAUCCAAAUAGGGGCUGGUGAGAUGGCUCGGCAGAUAAAGGUGCCUUGCUUCCAAGCCUGACCUGAAACUGAUCUCCAGAUCCCACUUGGUGAAAGAAGAUGGCAUCUGAGGCAGAACCCCGCCCCCUGGGCAUGUUUGAGUGCCAGCUCUGUGCCUUGACAGCUCCUUACAGCUACGUGGGGCAGAAGCCCCCAGACACCCAGGCUGUUGUCCUCCUGGAGGAGAGCUACAUCAUGAAGGAUCCCUUCUCCUCAGACAAGGCAAGGUUUCUGGUCCUCGGCUCACGGUGCAGUGUGUGCGGCAGGCUGGUGUGUGUGGGCCCGGAUUGCAGCCUGUUCUACUCCAAGAGGGUCUGCCUCCCCUGCGUUCAGGAGAAUAUCAGUGCCUUCCCUCAGGAAAUCCGGCAGGAUGUGGAGAAGAGAAAAGGUGCCUCCAAGAGGCCUUCCAGCCAUCCCUGACCACCAUGUGCAGGGCCUCCUCCAGUGGAGCACCGGGCUGGUUCGGCCAGGGUUCCGACUGGGAGCUGUGUAUCUGGCCUUCUCUGAACUGUGGAGUACCCGGAGCCCUGGGAACCCAGGAGGUGGCCAAGACUGAAGCCAGACAGCCGGAGUGGAUCCAGCUGCAGCUCCAGGACUGGCCUCUAGUGGAGGCCAAGAGUGAGGGAAAGGGAGCCUCCUUCGGUGGACAGUUGGUA